AUGCUGAGAAACUAUGGCAAAUACUUUGACAAGAUACCUACAACAAGGCCUAAAUCUCCGAAGCUUGGUCGGAAAAAGAGUUCACCAACUGCCAAUUCUGAAGAAAAUGGUGGUUCCAAUGCUAUCCUAGGUAGGCUAAGCUUGGAUGAGAAAGUGUCACAAAAUAACCUUACCAAAGGACCUCUGGCCCAUGUCAAGAAUUCUUCACGAAAAUCUCUUCCUCAGUUGCCGUCUGAGAAAACUACCUUAUCUAAUGAAAAGAGACAUGUUUUAUCUCAUAAGACAAUUGUAUCCAAGGAAACAAGUGAAUUAAAGUCUCAGCUGAGCAACUUAUCCCGGGAAAUGAGCAAAGAUGAAUCUAAUACACAAAAACACGAGGCAGAAGUCGAACCAAUCAAGAACGAACCUGUCAAAGAUGGCGAAACUGUUGUUGAAGCUCAAGCACAGACAAACCCCGUGGUGCAGGAAUCUAUUGAAGUCUGA